AUGUCACAACGAUUCGUUUGUGCUCUGCUAACAACUGGAGUUGUUUGCUAUGCACUUGCGGAGAGUAAUGAAUUCGCCGCAACUUCUGAGUUCGUUAAGAAACAACCCACGGGAGACAGGCCGUUGGCGAAUAUCGUACGUGCUAGAAAUUUUUCCGAGACUCCAUAUCCGAAUAACGCUGAGGGAUACAACAAUAAUUUGGAUAAACAAACGCGAACGGCGGAUCACCGGUCGGAGUCCGAAUCGAGAGAUAAUUCUAGUUGCUGCGGAUCCAGAUACGGUUCCAAUUCGUCUACGCGACCCGAUUCGUAUCAUAACAAGAUCCAUGUGGACAGUGGUCGAUAUUCAACCAAGUUCGGCGAACGCUUACCCGUAGAUAGAUACGGGUGGCAAACUCAAGGACCGCCAGGUUUUGGCGGAGGCUAUGGAAGACCCGGAGGUUACGGUGCAACUGCAUUCUACGAAGGAGCUCAAGUAGGAGAUAAAUUUGGUUCACGGCCGAGUUAUGGGAGCGAAAGUUUCCGUAAACCCGGUGGUUACGAUUCUGGCGUGUCUGGAGAACAUGGUGGGUACAGUUUUAGUCGACCAACUGGCUAUGGAGGAUCUGUUUCGGGCGGUGGUCAUGGAAUCUCGGGAACUUUCGCCAAUGGCGAUGAAUUUGGGCCUGUGGAGCCAAGUUAUCCAGAAGGACAUGCUCCCGCUCCUCCGAAUAUUCAAGCGCAGAAGGCCGUAGCUUUAAAGGCAUUAGCAGGUGUUGCCUUAAUUGGAGCAGCUGCUGCUUUAGCCACCAAUCCCGUUCUUCUUCCACUUGGGGUUGUAUCUGGAAGAAGGAAACGAUCCAGUUUAUUUAUUAAGGACAAAGAUGCCUACAUGGACUAUAUUUUAAGGAAUUUCAAAAGUAACGUUACCGAGAACUACAAUGACGAAAACGGAAGCAAGAUGUCUCUUUCACCGACAUGUAUCGCUAGAUUCGCGUGUGAGAUUCAAAGGAACUAUUGGCUUAAUUUUAGAGAGGAAACAGACGUUUUCCAAGGGAAAUCAACACUGAAACGUCGUCUUAAUGAUUUGCUUUUGAAUUAUGUACCUAACGAAGAACUUGCAAAUAUGCGCAUCAAAAAAUUAAUAAAAGCAGCAACUAUCGUUGCUUCGAAUGGCGGUAACUGUAACGCGUUUACGUGUACGUUUGUAAAUACUAAAAAGAACAAAAAUUUAUCUAUUCUUAAAUUGUAG